UAAAUGAUUAAUUAUUUUGAGACAAGAAGUGGAAAUCCUGGUCCUCAAGCAAAACUCGAUAUAGGACUUUCAUUCGUUCAAUCCAAGCAAGCAUCCAUUAACAAACCCUCCCUCAAUUUCCCCCACAUAUUCAUUCUGCUUUUUUUCCUUUUUCACCCACCAAUUUCUCUACACAGUGCUCUGUUGUGUUAUCUUCUGCAGCAUCUCCUCUUGCCAUGGGUUGCGGCUCCUCUUUUCCAGAUAGGGAUUCAAGGCAGCUAGGUCGACCCCUUCCAGAGAAUGCUGGAGGACAGGACGCUAAGAAUCUUCGUGUCAAGCUUGUCCUCUUAGGUGAUUCUGGUGUUGGUAAGAGCUGUAUUGUUCUGCGAUUUGUUCGUGGUCAGUUUGAUCCAACAUCCAAGGUAACUGUUGGAGCUUCUUUCUUGUCACAAACAAUCGCUCUUCAAGACUCUACAACUGUCAAGUUUGAAAUAUGGGAUACCGCUGGUCAAGAGAGGUAUGCUGCAUUGGCACCACUGUAUUAUCGUGGUGCAGCGGUUGCAGUUAUUGUCUACGAUAUAACGAGCCCAGAAUCUUUCAGCAAAGCACAGUACUGGGUUAAGGAACUACAAAAACAUGGAAGCCCUGAUAUAGUGAUGGCAUUGGUCGGUAAUAAAGCUGAUCUUAAUGAGAAGCGGGAAGUGGCUGUUCAGGAUGGCACGGAAUAUGCAGAGAAGAACGGAAUGUUUUUUAUAGAGACAUCUGCAAAGACAGCAGAUAAUAUAAACGAACUGUUUGAGGACUUUGUUGACUAUGCUACUAGCAAGCUUCCCCAUGAUGUUCUUGCUGCCUGAUGAAGAUAGUUGUAAGCAAAUUCAUAUACCUAUUGGAGGAGCUAAACAUGAUCUUUGAGAUAGGAAAUUGCGAAAAGACUGCCUCGCCCACCAGUCACUUGAUGUGCAGAGAGUGCAGCUCAGCUCACUAAAGGAUUUGCAUUUGCUUUGAAUCCUUUAAAAUUGUAGUGUAUGCAGUUAUGAUUGUUAUGUAUAUGUUGAUUAUAUGAUAUGUCUAGUCUUGCAUCAACUUGUAAUAAUAUUAUUAUUAUUGACUCCAUGUCACGGUCCACGGAUGACAUGAUGAAUAUCCCUUAGGCUAUGCUUUUGAGAAUUGAGACCCACAAGCAUAUUAAGUCUUGUUUAUUAUGAUUUCACAUCCAAUUUAGGAUGCCAUUUCAGACACACGAUGCGUUUGGUGGUUGUUGAUCAUGCUUUGUGAGAAUUUAGUUGAAGUGCAUAAAUCGACACAUUAUUAUUAUUA